AUGGCUCCCUUAAUCGCCACCAUCGACCCCAGCGACGACGCCGUCUUCAGCGGCAUCACGACCAAGGCUGUCACAAAGACCUCGAGUGGCCAGCGCGCUCUGCUACUCGCCCCCCCGUCCCUCGCCUCGCACGCUGACGCCCUCGCGACCGUCCUCACACAAUAUGACCGCACCAUUACCGAUCUUCAGAUGCUCGAUCGUCUGUCCGCCGGUGUAGUCAAGCUUCCCAGUGCACAGUACGACCUGAUCCUCGUUCUUUCCGACGCCACUGCCACGCUCACCGAGUCGCUCGGCCUGUUGGACCGCACCGUCGUGGGCGCCGUCGCCGACUCACUUAGACCCCGAGGCCAGCUGCGCGCCGAGAGGGCUUCUGAGAACCUCGAGGCCACGCCGCUCGCCAAGGAGGCCGUCCUCGCGGGCCUGGUUGGCAGUGGUUCUGGCGGCUUCACCAAGCCCGACUACGGCGACAACGACGGCGCCGUGUCGCUGAAGCUCGGCUUUCGCAAGAAGAAAGUGAACGCGCCCCCCGCUGCGGCUCCGGCUCCGGCGCCCGCCGUCGGCAGCACCAUUCUCAACGGCCAUAACAGCAACGGCGGCGCCAACAAGCCCGCUGUCCCUGCUGGCGUCGGCUUCGACUUUGGCGAUGAUCUCGACGACGACAUCAUCGACGAAGAGACGCUCAUGACCGAAGAGGACCUGAAGCGCCCCAUCAACAUCCCCCUCGAGUGCCAGCCAAAGCCUGGCAAGCGCCGCCGUGCCUGCAAGGACUGCUCGUGCGGUCUCGCCGAGCGCCUCGAGGCCGAGGACGCCGCCAAGCGCGCCGAGACCGAGAAGACGCUGGCCAGCUUCAAGCUCGCCGCCGAGGACCUGGCCGAGGUGGACUUUACCGUCCAGGGCAAGGUCGGCUCGUGCGGCAACUGCGCGCUCGGCGACGCGUUUCGCUGCGACGGCUGCCCUUAUAUCGGCCUGCCGCCGUUCAAGCCCGGUGAGGAGGUGCGCCUGCUCAACAAUGACGUGCAGUUGUAA